GCGCGCUGCUCCAUUCUGCACGCGUCAGGCACGCACUUCAGCCACGGAAGCCGUCUCUACCCGUUCUCUGCGUCUCUCGCCCUUGCAGUAUUGCCAAAAUGUCGCUUUCUAACAAGCUGACUCUGGACAAGCUGGACGUGAAGGGGAAGAGGGUCGUUAUGAGAGUGGACUUCAAUGUUCCUAUGAAGAACAACCAGAUAACAAACAACCAGAGGAUCAAGGCUGCUGUCCCAAGCAUCAAAUUCUGCUUGGACAACGGAGCCAAGUCAGUUGUCCUUAUGAGCCACCUGGGCCGGCCUGAUGGUGUUCCCAUGCCUGAUAAAUACUCCCUAGAGCCAGUUGCUGUAGAACUCAAAUCUUUACUGGGCAAGGAUAUUCUGUUCUUGAAGGACUGUGUGGGCCCAGAAGUAGAGAAAGCCUGUGCUGACCCAGCAGCUGGGUCUGUCAUCCUGCUGGAGAAUCUGCGCUUUCAUGUUGAGGAAGAAGGGAAGGGAAAAGAUGCUUCUGGUAACAAGAUUAAAGCUGAGUCAGCCAAAGUAGAAGCUUUCCGUGCUUCGCUUUCCAAACUAGGGGAUGUCUAUGUCAAUGAUGCUUUUGGUACUGCACACCGAGCCCACAGCUCCAUGGUCGGUGUCAAUCUUCCACAGAAGGCUGGUGGUUUCUUGAUGAAGAAGGAGCUGAAUUACUUUGCUAAGGCCUUGGAGAGUCCAGAGCGACCCUUCCUGGCCAUAUUGGGCGGAGCCAAAGUUGCAGACAAAAUCCAGCUGAUCAAUAAUAUGCUGGACAAAGUCAAUGAGAUGAUCAUUGGUGGUGGAAUGGCUUUCACUUUCCUUAAGGUGCUCAACAACAUGGAGAUUGGCACUUCUCUGUAUGAUGAAGAAGGGGCCAAGAUUGUCAAGGAUCUCAUGUCCAAAGCUGAGAAAAAUGGUGUGAAGAUUACUUUGCCUGUUGACUUUGUUACUGCUGACAAGUUUGAUGAGAAUGCCAAGACUGGCCAAGCCACUGUGGCCUCUGGCAUACCUGCUGGAUGGAUGGGCUUGGACUGUGGUCCUGAGAGCAGCAAGAAGUAUGCUGAGGCUGUGGGUCGAGCUAAGCAGAUUGUAUGGAAUGGACCUGUGGGGGUGUUUGAAUGGGAUGCUUUUGCCCAGGGAACAAAGUCCCUCAUGGAUGAGGUAGUGAAAGCCACAUCCAGGGGCUGCAUCACCAUCAUAGGUGGUGGGGACACUGCCACAUGUUGUGCCAAAUGGAACACUGAGGAUAAAGUUAGCCACGUGAGCACUGGAGGUGGUGCCAGUCUAGAGCUCCUAGAAGGUAAAGUCCUUCCUGGGGUGGAUGCUCUCAGCAAUGUUUAGUACUUUCCUGCCUUUUGGUUCCUGUGUACAGCCCCUAAAUCAACUUAGUGUUUUCUGCAUCUUCACUUGGCAUUAGCCCAAGAUUCAGCUAGUGGCCAAGAGAUGCAGCACCAGGAACCCUUAAACAGUUGCACAGCAUCUCAGCUCAUCUUUACUGCAACGGGAUAUGUCUACAUUCAAGAUCCCACUUAAAUUUCUUAGUGACUAAGCUAUUGUGCACUCUAGAAUACAUCUAUUUAUAUUUUGCCUGUUAAAAGAAGUGAGCUGUAUUAGCUUAGUUCUCUUUUUGAUGUAGCUUCUCAUUAGCUUUGUCACUGUUCACUACUCUACGUGGAAACAAAAUGAAAUUUCACUUGUAGGUAGGGAGAACUUGAUCUAUUAAAUAAACAAUAAAAGUGGCCAUUGAAACUGGAA